UUCACUAGUAUACCUGCAUACUCUUUCACUAGUAUAUCUGUGUACUCUUAACAUCUUUCACUAGUAUACCUGCGUACUCUUUCACUACUAUACCUGCAUACUCUUUACAUCUUUCACUAGUAUAUCUGUGUACUCUUAACAUCUUUCACUAGUAUACCUGCGUACUCUUUCACUACUAUACCUGCAUACUCUUUACAUCUUUCACUAGUAUAUCUGUGUACUCUUAACAUCUUUCACUAGUAUACCUGCGUACUCUUUACAUCUUUCACUAGUAUACCUGCAUACUCUUUCACUAGUAUACCUGCGUACUCUUUACAUCUUUCACUAAUAUACCUGCAUACUCUUUACAUCUUUCACUAGUAUACCUGCAUACUCUUUCACUAGUAUACCUGUGUACUCUUUACAUCUUUCACUACUAUACCUGCGUACUCUUUCACUAGUAUACCUGCGUACUCUUUACAUCUUUCACAAGUAUACCUGCAUACUCUUUCACUAGUAUACCUGCAUACUUUUUACAUCCUGAUACUUUGCUUCUUGCUAUCUGUACAUGGUUCAGGGCCAGAACACUACAAACUAUAAACAAGAAAUGGACAAGAGUUCAGUCUGUAGCGUCCCAAAAGCAAGGAGCUAUGGCAGAUCAUAGACAACUGAUGAGCUGGCGUGUUUGAAUAUGUCUGUCUCUUUGUUUGUCAUCAUAACAUUUAACAGGAAGAAACCAUUUUUGUGUGCAGAUGAAACUUCAAUCGACCAGUACAAGGCUCACAUAAAGAAAACAUUUAAACUAGUGAGGGAGUACAACUCGCGCCCUGGGGCAGAUUAUGUCGUCAUGUCCGAGCGCUACAUUGACCUUCUGAUAGUUCAGAAGUACCGCAAGCAGAGAGAGACGGAGCAGAAGAUCCGUCAAAAAGGGAAAGAACUCUACCAGGUCUUCACCAGGGCCAGCAAGGACUACCUUUGCACCAGCUUGGAACAGCUCUUCAGUCCAGACAACAAGGGGGAGGUGCCAAAAGCUGUCAUCCUUCAGGGCCACUCUGGAUACGGCAAGUCUUUCACUGCACAGAAGAUCAUGUACGACUGGGCAUCUGACGAAAUGUACAAGGACAGCUUUGAUUUUGUUUUUCACCUGAAGGUGAGGGAGCUCAACAGUUUACAAGAUGAGCUUUGCCUGGUAGAUCUCCUGCAGUGUGAUGGAAUUGAUAAACCCACAGUCUUAAAGGUUUUGCAGGACAUACCAGAGAGGGUGCUCUUCCUAGUGGAUGGUUUUGAUGAGCUCAGAUUGCCAGAGGAGGACUUGCUUCCAUUCAGCCAUCGAGACCAAGGGAACGUUAACAAGGUUCUGGCAGCACUCUUGAGCGGUAGGAUGCUUUGCAAGUCCUCCUUGCUGGUCACCACCAGGUCCACUGCUUCAAAGGCUCUCAGCCAUAUGCUGAAAGGCCCCCAACGCUUCACAGAGAUCUUAGGGUUCUCUGACAGAGGGGUGGAGAACUACUUCCAGGCCUUCUUCGAGCAAGACAAAAAUGUUGGGAUUGAAGCGCUGAAACAUGUGAAGGACAAUGAAACUCUCCUCACGGCCUGUUUCAUUCCCGUUACCUGUUGGAUUGUCUGCAACAUCUUCAAAGACGUGUUCAAAGAAGGCAGAGACAUGAUCACUGAUUUGGUCACCAGCACCUCCAUAUUUGCACACUUUGUGUUUACACAGAUGAAGCAUCAUGGUUCGGAUCUAGACGAGAGCGAAUGGAUCAACCUUUUGAAAAACUUGGGCGAGCUUGCAGCGGACGGAAUCACAAAACAAAAAGUGCUGUUUGAUGAAUAUGAUGUGAAGCAGAAGGUGUCGAAUCACAAACUCGUCCCUUUCCUAUGCAAGUUCUUCCUGAGGAAGCUCAACGUCGAGACGAAGUACAGCUUCAUGCAUCUCAGCUUCCAGGAGUUCUUUGCUGCUCUCUUCUACCUCCGAAGUGAUACGGACAUUUCUCGGCAGAAAGUUGGGGAGAUGCUACUCAAGGGAAAGCAGGGGCUUAAUGUCACCGACCAGAAGCUCCACAUGAGCCACCUGCUGCCUGUCAUCCAGUUCCUCUUUGGCCUUUCAAACAAGGAAGUCACGUCAUCCCACCAGCUGUCUGCCUUUCCAGAAAUCUCUCCCAAAAUGUGCUCCCUGCUGGAAAAGUGGAUCUGUGACUUGAUCAAGGCAGAGGAGGGACUUCCAAGGACUCACAACAUUCAGCUGUUCCUUCUCCAGUGCCUGUAUGAGGUCCAUGAGGAGGGCUUUGUCCAGAAGGUCAUGGAGAACUGGAACAGAAUCAACCUGGACGGCAUCCCCUUGAAGAAGACGGACUGCAGAGUGCUGGCCUACUGCGUACGGCACUGCCAGGCCAUGAAGCGCCUGACGCUCACACACUGCAACCUCACCGCCGAGAAGCUGAAGGUGCUCACCGAGGCUCUGGUCAAGUGUAAGGAACUAGGGCUGGUGGUGGAAGACCUGAGAGAUGGUGAGGACCUGAUCAUUGCUCUAGGAGAAGACAAGAUCGUGACAGACCUGCACUUAAAGAACAGCAGCCUUUCUCUGGGGGGUCUAGUGCAGGUCCUUAAUGCCCUUGCCAAACAGAGACGGGUGGAUACUGUGGAUCUCACCUUGAGGAUUCCCUAUGAGAACUCCACCGUGACAGCCAUCACCAAGGAGAAUGAGGAUAUGUGUGACCGCCAGACUGACACACCACAGGAGGGGAAAACUGGUGGACUGGACUUCAACCUGGAGAGAAAGAUUAUCAGCAUAAAGCCUCUCAGCUGUGAACACACUCUUACACUAGGGCUCGGGGCACAGAUUGGCCAACUGGAGCCACGCAUGUUACAGAUCUCCAUCAGUCAGGCAGCUUCAUCUGAGCGCUUCAGCAACACCUGGACUGAUCUGCUAGAGACCGUACACACUCUGGGAGAGAGGUAAGUGCCUAUUCUACACACCUGCUACAGACCGUACACACUCUGGGAGAGAGGUAGGUGCCUAUUCUACACACCUGCUACAGACCGUACACACUCUGGGAGAGAGGUAGGUGCCUAUUCUACACACCU